GGCAUCCUCCGGGGCGAAGCUGUCCGGGGGCUCGGCUCGCUGAUGCUCUUCUGUCCCGGCUCGCCCCCAGCCUUCCUCUCGGCCAGCCUCGGCAUGCUGACCUCCUCGGAGGGCCUCCCGCCACCCCCGGCCAGCCCAGAGUGGGCGGCCGGGCUGGGGCCCUCCCUGACCUACGGGGAGCCGGCCAGGCUGGACGCGGGCUGGAAGAAUCCGCACGUGUCGAACGUGAGCGUGCAGCUGGAGAUGCGCGGGCUGUGGGAGGAGUUCCACCAGCUGGGCACCGAGAUGAUCGUCACCAAGGCGGGCAGGAGGAUGUUCCCCACCUUCCAGGUGAAGAUCCUGGGCAUGGACACCCUGGCCGACUACGCGCUCCUCAUGGACUUCGUCCCCCUGGACGACAAGCGCUACAGGUAUGCCUUCCACAGCUCCACGUGGCUGGUGGCGGGGAAGGCGGACCCGGCCACGCCUGGCAGGAUGCACUUCCACCCGGACUCGCCGGCCAAGGGCGCCCAGUGGAUGCGCCAGAUCGUCUCCUUCGACAAGCUGAAGCUCACCAACAAUCUGCUCGAUGACAACGGCCACAUCAUCCUGAACUCCAUGCACCGCUACCAGCCCCGAUUCCACGUGGUGUUUGUGGACCCGCGCAAGGACAGCGAGCGCUACGCCCAGGAGAACUUCAAGUCCUUCGUCUUCGCCGAGACUCAGUUUACAGCGGUGACGGCCUACCAGAACCACAGGAUCACCCAGCUAAAGAUCGCCAGCAACCCGUUUGCCAAGGGCUUCCGAGAGUGUGACCCGGACAGCUGGCCCAGGGCCUCGAGGCCCCUGCUCGGCCCCAUGCCCGAAGGCAGCCAGAGCAGCCUGGCACCGCUGAUGAAGAAGGACCAGCAGAAGGAGCGAGACCUGGACAAAGCUGGCCAGAGCUUCCUGCCCAGAUUCUCCGCCUCUGCCUCCAGGAUGGCCUCCCAGCUCCACCACCCGCCGGGGCUGUGCAGAGAGAUCUCGGGGAUGCCCCGGCCCAGCCCUGCCCGCCUGCCCCCAGAGGUGCUUCUGGCCCCCCCUGGCUACGGGCCCAUGUCCUACCCCGGCCUGUCCGGGGGCGCCUCGGCCAGGGCCCGCCCCGCCCCCUACCGGCUCCCGGAGGCCAAGGCGGGGGGAAGCCAGAGCGCCCCUCCUCUGCGGCCUCCCCCGGGUGCCCUGGGCCAGGACCCGGAGUGAGGAUCCAGCGGGCGGGCGCAGCGGGGUGGCAGAGCUGGGCCAGGAUUGGCCCUGGGAUGCGCAGAGCCGCCCCCUUGAGCCCCUCCCUUGUGUGCCGCCUCCCUUUAGCCUCCCGGCCCUCGCCAGCCCCUUCCCCAAAGGCUGCGGGGCAGCCAGGUCACGUGACUCGUCGCUUGCGGGGGGGGGGGGGAGAGGACACGCCCAAUUUCCAUCCUCUCCAGCUCCGCCCCUCCUCUGGGCCCCUCCCCCACCGGGAGCCCGAGGAGCCCAGAACCCCGAGGCUGGCCCGAGAGGGAGUGGGGGGGAAGCCGGGCUCGGCCGCUGCCAGGCGGGUGGCUCUGGCCCUCGUCGCCCCUUUCCUUGGACAUUAAACGACUUGGCCAGAACCGUGUGCUUGUGAAGCUGCUUUGGGGGGUCGGGGGGGCUCUCGGAUACCCCAGCUGAGCCCGGAAGGGUUGCGGCACGAGGAAAUGCUGGGACGGAAGCUGGCGUUUCCGUCAAGUCUGGCUCUUCCUGGGCUUUCUGGCCCCAUUUUACAGGUGAAGAAACUGAGGCUCAGGUCACCCCACGAGGUAAACGUCUGGGUCGGGAUCUGAACACGGAUCUCUCCGGGAGAAACUCUCCCACUUUGGGAGGGGGCGGGGGACUGCCUAGACGGAGCCUAAUGCAGUUACUGCCCUGCCUCCAGUCCCGCCUGGCGGGGUGACCCUGGGCAAGUCACUUCACCCUGUCAGCCUCAGUUUCCUCAUCUGUAAGUGAAGCGGGAGAAGAGAAUGACUCCGGGAUUGAACAAGGAGGGGGUCUGGCU